AUGGCGCGCGCCCCUGGCGUGCCGGAGGGGCUGGAUGUGUCGAAGUGGCAGAUCAUCUAUCCCAACUACAUCAACUCGAAAAAGACGGUCCAGGAGGGCCGGCGAAUAGGCCUCGACAAGGCAUGCGAACAUCCCAGAGCCUUCGAGAUGGCUGAGGUUUGUGA